GUGGUGGUACAACGCGCACGUAUUGAGAUAUGGACAUAUGCGCAGCCGUGAACCUCGUGUUCGAAUUCCUCUGGACACUGAUUAAAGUGAACUAUGAAACGCUACGCGGCGUGUGCAAGACGAUCUUGCCAAACGAACCCAAAGAUGUGAAGGAUGACGUAGUCUUGAUAACUGGCACCGGUCAUGGUAUCGGGCGGGAGAUGGCGCUGCGCUUCGCCAGGCUGGGGGCAAUCCUGGUGUGCGUUGACAUCAACGCUGCUUCCAACGAUGAAACCGCUAGGAUGAUACGACAGGAGAAAGGAAGAGCUCAUACGUAUCAAUGUGACGUCACGGAUCGAACCGCUGUAAUGCAGCUGAAAGAAAAGGUUUGCCGGGAGGUCGGCGACGUGGCCAUCCUCGUGAACAACGCGGGCAUCAUGCCCUGCAAGCCCAUACUGGACCAGACAGAGAACGAGAUCCGACUGAUGAACAAUAUCAACAUUAAUGCUAACAUUUGGAUGAUCCAAGCGUUUCUACCAAACAUGAUAGCGCGCAACUACGGCCAUAUAGUGGCAAUGUCGUCCAUGGCGGGGCUGAUGGGGCUGAGGAACCUGGUGCCGUACUGCGGCUCCAAGUUCGCUGUGCGUGGCAUCAUGGAGUCGUUGGCGGUUGAGCUCAGGGAUGAUCCUAGAGGACUUACCGGAAUAAAAUUCACAACAAUUUACCCGUACAUUGUGGAUACGGGUCUGUGCCAGAAGCCACGCAUCCGCUUCCAACAGCUGAUGAAGGUGCUGGGGGCUGGUGAAGCGGCCGACAUGAUAGUGGAUGCUGUGAGAAAAGAGAUCAUAGAAAUGACUUUACCUCCGGAACUGCACUUCAUGAAUAGGUACAUAUACCGGCUGCUGCCUUUUGAAGCCGCCUGUCUCUGGAACGAUUUCUUCAACACCGGCUGCGAUGCUCACGACUGAUAUAAUAUAUAUUUAAUUUAAGAAUUAAAUAAUUAUAUAAUUAUAAGAUACAUCUUCAUUAUCAUCCUCCCACAAUUGGAAGGGGUUGAGGCCUCAGUCCACCACGCUGGCCCAGUGCGGAUUGGUGGACUACA